GCUCUAGGAGAGAUGGCUUUCUGACCUCCUCUUGUUGAGAGGAAGGCGUGAAAAGGAAAGUGAUGCUCCAGAAAGCGAUGGGCUUCAGGUGGGGGAGAUCUCUGGCUUCACCCUUACCAAUGGUGUCUGUAUCUCAGUCAUAUGUCCGCCUGUCAGCUCAUUCACCAGCCCGUGACUGAGCCCUGCUGAGCGCUCGGCAUUGCUGAGUCCCUGGAGAGUCAACAUGAAGCUCCAGGUGGAGGGUAGAGAUUAGAAGACCAGGGUGGGGCUAGAUGCAUCCUUGCUCUGCCUCACCGGGUGUGCCCCCUUGGGCGCAUCGCUUAACCUAUAGCCUCCGCUGAUGUGUACAGACCACUGCCAUGUGCCAGGCACUGGGGGUGGCAGUGGACAUGGAAGACAAGCCCUCUGCCGUCGUGGAACUUACAUUCUAGGGGACAGUCCUUUUUGUCUUUUGUAAAAUGGGAACAGUAAUAGCGCUCUCACCAAAUACUGUGAAGAUUAAAUGAGGAAAUGGGUAAAGGGCUUAGCAAUGCUUGAUACAUGGUAAAAUGCUCAAGUAUGCAUUCUCUUCAUUCCACUAUGAUGUAAGCUUCAUUAGGCGAGGAAUUAUAUUUGCAUUUGUGUUCCCAGUGCCUGUGAGCACAGUGCCUGACAUACAUGGUAGGUGAUCAGUAAUUAUUUGAUAAAUGAGUGGGUGGUAAAACUGACUCUGGAGAGUUCUAUGUAAACGCCAAUGGCAUUGGACUGUAAUUUCUAAAAAAGAAAUAGGAACCCAGUUCUGUGGAAAACUGGAGGGAAUCACCCUCAGGGAGUUUGGGAAGGAUUCACAAAGGAGGUGACAUGGCAGCUGGGCCUUGAAGGCCAUGAGCUGUCGAGUUAGGAACAAAUUAGAAGAGGAAAUUCCAGGCAGAGUGUAUCAGAAGUGCACGAGUUGUUCCAAGGAUGAUGGCUCAUAGUUUGUUUUGACUGGCAUUUAAUGUGCAUCAAGAUGGGAUGAGAUGGAAAAUGAGGCUGGAGAGGGGCUUUGAGGGACCCUGUUAGCUAAUGUCAGAAGAAAGUGACUCUCUGAGAACCAGCCCCUCUGUGGCCUCACUCUCUGAAAAUGAGCUGCCACCACCACCUGAGCCUCCGGGCUACGUGUGCUCACUGACAGAAGAACUGGUCACGAAAGCCCGGGAAGAGCUGCAGGAAAAGCCGGAAUGGAGACUUCGAGAUGUGCAGGCCCUUCGUGACAUGGUGCGGAAGGAGUACCCGAACCUGAGCACGUCCCUUGACGACGCCUUCCUGCUGCGCUUCCUCCGAGCCCGCAAGUUUGAUUACGACCGGGCCCUGCAGCUCCUCAUCAACUACCACAGCUGUAGGAGAAGCUGGCCCGAAGUCUUCAAUAACUUGAAGCCAUCAGCCUUAAAAGAUGUCCUUGCUUCUGGGUUCCUCACCGUGCUGCCCCACACUGACCCCAGGGGCUGCCAUGUCGUCUGCAUCCGCCCAGACAGAUGGAUACCGAGCAACUAUCCAAUUACCGAAAACAUCCGAGCCAUAUACUUGACCUUAGAAAAACUCAUUCAGUCUGAAGAAACCCAGGUGAAUGGAAUUGUAAUUCUUGCAGACUACAAAGGAGUGAGUUUAUCAAAAGCAUCUCACUUUGGCCCUUUUAUAGCCAAAAAGGUGAUUGGCAUCCUCCAGGAUGGUUUCCCCAUUCGGAUAAAAGCAGUCCAUGUUGUGAAUGAACCUCGAAUAUUUAAAGGCAUUUUUGCCAUCAUAAAACCAUUUCUAAAGGAGAAAAUAGCAAACAGAUUCUUCCUCCAUGGGUCUGACUUGAACUCUCUCCACGCAAACCUUCCAAGAAGCAUUCUCCCCAAGGAGUAUGGGGGCACAGCUGGGGAGCUGGACACUGCCACCUGGAACGCAGUACUGCUAGCUUCAGAAGACGAUUUUGUGCAAGAGUUCUGCCAACCUGUCCCUGCCUGUGACAGCAUCCUGGGCCAGACGCUGCUGCCUGAGGGCCUGGCCUCAGAUGCACAGUGUGACGACUCCUUGCGAGCUGCGAAGUCACAGCUGUACUCCUGCUACUAGCCCGUCCCCCAGGGUCACCAUCUUUAAUUCUUUUCCUUCUUUUCUUUGGAGAGGCACAAGGAGAAUUUAAGGGGCCAAGGAUUCAGUCUUGCUCCUUGUAAUUAAACUGCAGGAUGGAGGAACAGCCCAUGAGAUAUGAGGGUGAGCCCAUUUUGGGGUAAGCCUUUGGUUACUUGAAUUACUCCAUGGAAGACAUGGAAAAUGUCCCCACUGAUUCUUAAACAUUUGGAAUCCCAGUCUGCAACUAUUAAUCUGGAGGCUGUAUCUGUUUUGUUCUGCUUUUUGGUUGGGGGGUGGUGAUCUGGUUCUUACACAUCUUGGAAGCAAGAAAAAUCAGGACCAGAGUCACUUUGAUCCCACUUUUCCAGGAGAAAAACAACCUGUUUGGCCAGUGAGAACUACUUGUAUGAAAUAAUUUGGCCAAACCUGCAGUGUGACCAAACGUGAGACUGGGAGUUUGUGUUUUUCACAGGAACCCUAAGUACAGACCUCUGCUGCUCAUCAGGAAACUUACUGGAGAUCAAGGCCCCAGCUGCUGUCACUGGAUUUGGAAAGCACCUUAACUGAAUCAUGCAAGCAUCAGGACAUAAGCAGCACUUUGUGGUCAAAUGUGGAAGCCGGAGACUUCAAAGCACCUCUGGGACCCAUUGGUUGAAGCCUGCAAUAGAAACUUAAGUUUUCCCAAAUCCAUAAAGCCUUAGCCCUGGUUCUCAAUAGAAUCAUACAGGGACCUAGCAGGAAAUGAUUUUAUUCAACCUAAAAUGCUGGAUUCCAGGCCCGUGUAGCUACAAGAAUUCUGGCCUGGAUCCCAGGUGUGCAACUAUGGACAAGACAUGGGCCUCUGUAGGCCUCAACCUUCUCUAUAAAAUAAGGCUGGAUGAAAUGUCAGCUAGGGCCGUUUUGGCUGCUGAGGCUAUGGGAUUUGGUUUAGUUACUGAAUGUUAGAUUUUCUGCUUAGAAAGAUACCUAGAUACAAGUGGUUGGAUCCUGUUUUUGUUUGUGGUACACAUGUCUUUCCAAGAGAGAUGUGUCAGUAAUUAGCUCUGCCUUUAAAGAAACUGUUAUAUGUAUUCCUGGCACUCACUGACACCAAUUUUCUUUCUAUAGUGAUGGUUAAAUUUGGAAAAUAUGGCUUUUAUGAGGCCAGAAAAGGGGACUAGGAUCUUGUAUGAUGAAUUCCUUCCAUCCCUGAGACUGUUACUAUAUUGUAAACCUAGCUACAAUGGUUAAUUACUUGAGAUUCUUAAAUUCUGGUCUCUGGGCCGGGUGUGGUGGCUCACGCCUGUAAUCCCAGUACUUUGGGAGGCCAAAGUGGGCGGAUCACAAGGUCAGGAGUUCGAGACCAGCCUGGCCAAGAUGGUGAAGCCCUAUCUGUACUAAAACCACAAAAAUUAGCUGGGCAUGGUGACUGGUGCCUGUAGUCCCAGCUACUGGGGAGGCUGAGGCAGAAGAAUCACCUGCACCACUGCACGCCAGCCUAGGUGACAGAGCAAGACUCCGCCUCAAAAAAAGAAAAAUUUUUUUUUGGUCUCUGGAAAUGAACACAAGUGCAGAUUAUUGCUGGGUCACUUCUGGCCCCCCUCCCCCCGCCCUCCCAGCCCCACUUGAGUUUCUCUCUUUGGUGUGGGUGAACCAGUCAGCCUGAAUGUUCUGCAUUUCAGCACUUUAGAACCUCCCUGCCAAGAUUUUAGUCUUAGCCCAAACAUCAAAUUAGAUGGUUCACAUGAUGGCUUUUGACCUAUUUCCUUUCUAAUAUAUUCCACAUGAUCAUGGUGUUAAAUAGUGAAAAGUACCGUGUGUUGUGUGUGCACCUUCUCCAUGCAUCUGUUAGACUAACCAGUCAAGGUGGACAGCUCAGUUAGGGAGAAAACAAUACUCUGAAAUUUGAAGGCCAGUCUGUUGUUACUUAGCUGUUCAUCUCUAUCGCCUUUUUAAAUGUCUGGAGAAGUUGUUGUUGGAAAUUACUUUACUUCAUGAAUACCAAUUCUAGAGGAAGUUAUUUUCACCAUGGAUAGUAACCCUGGAUCCUCUAGGGUCCUGGCUGAGCUGGAAGUGCCAAAAAGCACUCCUGGCUGCUUCUAGUUCCAUCUGACGAUGAUGUGACCAGCAUUGCUGAAAAGGCCCAAGUAGGGCAAGUGGGAUGGCUAAAGGAGGGGGUUCAGAACCUGGUGGCCUGGAUGGGAUAAUUGGGUGGAGGCUUUCUUAGGUCCCAAGAAGGAAGACAGAUAAACAAAACAAAAACUAGGUAAAGAGGAAUGAAUCACUCAGCCCUGAUCUUUCAAUUUUACACUGCAUUCCUGGCCAGUGGCAUUUGUUUUAAUGUAGGCAUGGCCAAAGCUCACCUAGAGAAUUAUCUCGAAGACCAGAAGUGAUUUGGAGAGGCCUAUUUCUUAGGUUUUUCCAGUUGGACAAGGAAGGAGUGGUUUCACUCAGCUUCUAGGAGUUGGAGCCUACGUUUUAUCUGCCUCCGAGAACUGCUUGCUUUGUUCUGGCUCCAAAGAGAUAUCAAAUAGUUUUGACACCUCAGGAAGCUUGAACCACGCUAUAAAACCACUUCCCUGAGUGAAAAUCAAGGUGUUCUCCUUGUGGCUUCAGCAGGGUGUUUGCGUCACAUUGUCUCAGCAGGGUGGGGAAUAACCAGCUAGGGAGCACACUGGUGAGGCAAACACAUGAACCUCAAGAACUGGGAGUAUGUUCCUUCACGGAGACGUUCUGGCCCAUUGCACAAACACUUGGAAAUUAACUUUUCCCUAAAUUCAAGGUAAUGUGGUGUCGGAGGGAAAUGGGACGGUAAAUUAGGAGAUGCAGGCUCCAUCUUUACCUUACUACGUGCCCUUGGGUGAGCUGCUUAACAUCCCUGAGUGAUUCUGUGAUAGAGAUCUACACUCCAAACUUUAUUCCUUAUAUUUAGUUGGCUUCACUGCCACAGAGACACUGUACUCUCUUUGUAGAAGCUUUUUUCCCCCCCUCAAUUGGCUUGUUAUUUAGGAAAUUUAGAUCUGAAUGAAUUGGUACCUAAAAGCUUCCAAAUGUAUCUAUACAUUUCAGAAUAUGGGAAUUUUCUUCCUCUUCUUCCCCCAUAUCCCAACUUGGAAUUCUGGAAAAUUGUGCCUCUUCCCCUGUUCUGCCUUCAUGGGGGAGAGACUGGAUGAAAUCUACAGAAACAGCCAAAAGUGCCACCCUGGCUUCAUGUCUUGAGUUUCCAACUUGCUCUUGGCAAAGGUUGCUUUAUUUUUUAAAUUUUUUUCCUUGCAUUUUCUUUUUUAUUCUAUUGCUGCUGCAAAAAUUAAGGCAAAAGUAGCUUUAGAUCUUUCAUAUUUCAUCCUGGUUUCACAAGGAGUCACUUACUUAGGAGGUCUAUAAGUCAGGUUACAAGGCCGGGCGGGGUGGCUCACACCUGUAAUCCCAACACUUUGGGAGGCCGAGGCGGGUGGAUCACCUGAAGUCAGGAGUUUGAGACCAGCCUGGCCAACAUGGUAAAACCCCGUCUCUACUAAAAAUACAAAAAAUCAGCUGGGCAUGGUGGCGGGCGCCUGUAAUCCCAGCUACUUGGGAGGCAGAGGCAAGAGAAUCACUUAAACCCAGGUGGCGGAGGUUGCAGUGAUCCAAGAUCGCGCCACUGCACUCCAGCCUGGGUGACAAGUGAAACUCCAUCUCAAAAAAAAAGUAAAAAUUUUUAAAUCAGGUUACAAAACACAAUUUUUCCAGAAAUAUGACAGUAAGAGGCAUUUCUCUAAAUACUAUUUGACUCUCAGAUCAUGGGAUUUUUUUUCAUUUGGGUAGCAAAAGCUAGAGUACUGCUGUGGUGAUUAUAAUACCUUUUAAAAGUUUUACCAUUUUAAAGUUGCCAACGUUUAAGGUUUUCCUUUGAAGCCUCCUUUAAUUUAGGGAGUAAAAUGUUAGCUAAACCAAUUAUAUACUAUAUACUGUAUCUCCUGUGGCCAUGAGAGGUGUGGAGAUACCGAACAGAAACAUGUCUACUGUUCAGGAAAGAUGUCGGUUCUGGUAACACCUCUCCGUAUUGGGAUCUGUUAAUUUUGUAAAUCUAAAUUCUUCUGCUCUUCGCCAGGUGUGGUAGCUCAUGCCCUGUAAUCCCAGAACUUUGGGAGGCUGAAGGGGGGGUGUAUCAUUUGAGGUCAGGAGUUUGAGACCAGCCUGGCCAACAGAGUGAAACCCCAUCUCUACUAUAAAGUACAAAAAUUAGCUGGGUGUGGUGGUGCAUUCCUGUAAUCCCAGCUACUCGGGAGGCUGAGGCAGGAGAGUCGUUUGAACCUGGGAGGCAGCAGUUGCAGUAAGCCAAGAUGGUGCCACCGCACUCCAGCCUGGGCGACAAAGCAAUACUCUGUCUCAAAUAAAUAAAUACAUUCUUCUGUUCUUCUGACUUAAGAGAAAUGGUUUGCUUAAAAUGCUAGAACAAACAUCAGAGCCAAUAGGAGCUUGGUUCAUGGGAAGGAUCAAUGUGAUUUGUGGAUGGAGAUGAUAGUGGUGAAACUCCUGCUUUAUGAAGCUGUUUUUCUUUUCAUCUCACUGGGCAGCAGGUUUAGUGAGGCAGUGAGAUGCUGCUGCUGUGGAUUCUUGUGGCUAUGCCUCAGCUUCUUGGCCUAUCAGGUAGGAACCUGUUACAAGUGAAAUAUCUGAAACCUCUCUGACCAAGAGCCUCUGAUGGAAUGGGAGGUGAGCUGAUUUUCUGACCAGCUUGGGGCACCGUUUCAGCCACUGGUCACAUUCCUUGCUUCAAACUGAAAUUCAGUUUGGCUUUGAGCAUAGGGAUACAUGGUGGAUUCAUGUACUUCAGUGUUUGUUUUGACCAAAGUUUAUUUUUCUAAGUGCAUUUUCUAAGUCAAAGUGGUGAAAAUAGGUAAUUUUAGUAUGCAUGACUGGGUCUGAAACAAUAAAAAUCUCUGAAAAGUUAAAUGUG